AUGGCGGUUUUGGGACUCUCCAACACAGGAGAUAUAUUGUCUUCUUCUUCCAAUUCCUUAGAAUUUUACCAUAGGAUUCACUCUUCUUUUGUCCCUAUACAGUGGUUCCCUCUGAGGACUCGCCGGAAAUGCCUCAACAAACGACAGCGUUUCAGCAUUUCCAGCUCCUUGUCCCCGAAGAACUCUGCUAAAAUUAAGGUUAUCGGCGUCGGUGGCGGCGGCAAUAAUGCUGUUAACCGUAUGAUCGGCAGCGGGUUACAGGGUGUCGACUUCUAUGCUAUAAACACGGAUACUCAAGCAUUGUCGCAGUCUACAGCUGAGAACCCAAUUCAAAUUGGAGAGCUUCUAACUCGUGGACUUGGUACUGGUGGAAAUCCUCUGUUGGGUGAACAGGCAGCAGAGGAGUCGAAGGAAGGCAUUGCAAAUGCUCUUAAAGGUUCAGAUAUGGUGUUUAUAACAGCAGGCAUGGGCGGAGGUACAGGAUCUGGUGCUGCUCCUGUUGUUGCUCAAAUAGCUAAAGAAGCAGGUUAUUUGACUGUUGGUGUAGUCACAUAUCCGUUCAGCUUUGAAGGACGCAAAAGAUCUCUGCAGGCUUUGGAAGCAAUUGAAAAACUUCAAAAAAAUGUUGAUACUCUUAUAGUAAUUCACAAUGAUCGCCUUCUCGAUAUUGCUGAUGAACAGACACCACUUCAAAAUGCUUUUCUUCUUGCUGAUGAUGUCCUUUGUCAAGGCGUUCAAGGAAUAUCUGAUAUAAUCACUAUACCUGGGCUGGUAAAUGUGGAUUUUGCUGAUGUAAAGGCAAUCAUGAAAAAUUCUGGAACGGCAAUGCUUGGAGUUGGGGCUUCUUCCAGUAGGAACCGUGCUGAAGAAGCCGCUGAACAAGCUACUCUGGCUCCUCUAAUUGGAUCUUCAAUUCAAUCUGCAACUGGAAUUGUAUAUAACAUUACUGGAGGGAAAGAUAUAACUUUGCAGGAGGUCAAUAUAGUAUCCCAGGUUGUCACAAGUUUGGCUGAUCCAUCUGCCAACAUCAUAUUUGGUGCUGUUGUGGAUGAGCGUUUUAAUGGAGAGAUCCAUGUCACUAUAAUUGCAACUGGUUUCACACAGUCCUUUCAGAAUACUCUUCUAAACAACCCUCGAGGAGCAAAGCUGGUUGAUAACAGCAAAGGAACCACAGAAAGCACGGUAUCACCUGAUACUCUAAGCUCAUCAAACUCUCCUUCCACGAAACCUCAACCACCUGCUCGGAAUCUGUUCUUUUAGCUCCUAAGUUUGUUAUCUCUACAUUCUUUUUUUUUCUUGCACUCUACUUAUUUGUUCCACAAGGGGUCAGAUUUGUGUUUGCAUGUAGCUGUAGAAAUCAUGACAAGGUUUUACGAGAUGCAUACCAAAAUUUGGUGUUCUUCUCUUAUAACAUGCAUGUACAGUAGGUUUACUACCUGUAACAUUUUGUACCAGUUGAUUAUUUUCUUUCUGCCAACCCAAGUAUUCACCAAACUUGGUAGGAGAAGCUUAAUUUGUUGCUUUUGUAACUUUCACCUGAACAACUUGUAUCUAGGCCAUUACUCAUUCGGAAGGGCUCCGUAUAGUUUUGGGGUG